AUAAAUUCAAGAUAGAAGGCCCAAUAGGCCAGCAGGGCGAACACGGAUACGUACGUGUGUUCUCGCUCCAUUAGAUCAGGCUCCCAGUAGUUGGUCUACUUUUCAAACUUGAAAGAGGCAAACGCUGUGGUUUGCUUCUCUUGUGAGCCCUUGGAUAAACUAUAUCCCUUGCCACUAAGGAAACAUGAAGAAUGAAGUUGUGAUCACGGUCGUGGUACUAUGCUUCAGCUACGCCCUGGUGGACGCAAAUGCUUCCGUUGAAGCCGUGCUCAAACAACUGAAGGACCUGGUACAAGAUUUCGUCCCCGAUAAGGCCAAGGCACAGGAGUACAUCGACAAGAUUGACAGCGCACGCGACUGCAUGGGCAUUGUCAAAGGAAUAAGCCCAGAUGUCAUUAAGAAAUUUGCUGAUGGAAUCAUUCCGACGGUCAUGGAAUGUGGUGGCAAGAACAUGGGCAUCUCAGAUCCGACGGAGAAGGAGAACGCGAUGAAGAACUGCUUCAAGGAAAAGGCGAACGCAUUUAAGCAAUCCAGCGGUAUGUCGGCUGAUGACAUCAAAAUGUUCGACGAUGCUGGAGCUUGCAUGCAACAAAAAAUGCAAGGAUGAGUUCGAUUGGCUGCGACGCACGCCUGAGCACAACCGAUAAAGGAAGUCCUGGAAAGUGGUACUUGCUUGUUUUGCAGAACUAUUAAGCAAAUAAAGCUUCAAUUCUAAUAAAUUAGUACUACCAU